UGUUUAGUUUACGGCCCCCAAUCGGACGGUUAUCAGACAAUUGAUAAAGCUCCGUAAAAUUCGACCAUCAAUAGAACGUAGAUUGGGCGGCUAGUGCCCCAAGAAACGCCGAGCAGUUCACUAGUGCUUCCCCUAGAUCCAAGAAACGAGCAAGAAAUGGCACCGCAAAUCCGCCCACUCACGCCUGAGCUGCAAAAGUUGGCCAAUGAGCAGCUGAAGGAGGAUCCCGAUCGUCUGGAGGCCGAUCUGCAGGCCUUCAAGACCUGGAUCGAGCAGCAGCCUCAUCUGAAUCCGCGCAUGGAUGAUCAGUUCUUGGUGGCCUUUCUGCGCGGCUGCAAGUACAGUUUGGAGAGGGCCAAGGCCAAGUUAGAUAAGUUUUACACGCUGAAGACCAAGUAUCCAGAAUAUUUCAGAGUUACCAGCACCACGGAGGGCAAGUUCCGGGAGAUACACCAAACGGGGGCAAUUAUCUAUCUACCCACUCCCCUUAACGAAACUGGACCACGCAUCGGCAUCUGGAGGAUGGGCCUGUGCCCCGUGGAAAAGUAUCACAUCCUGGAGUGCAUGAAAGUGGCCCAGGCCAUGCAGGAGAUUGCCAUUUUGGAGGAUGACUACGCCAAUGUUAAUGGAGUAGUUUUUAUCAUGGACAUGAAGGAUGCUACAGCGGCGCACAUGUUCCAGAUGACUCCAUCGAUGGCCAAGAAAAUGACUGUGUUUUCCGAGGAGGCUCUUCCGCUGCGUUUGAAGGCACAACAUUUUAUCAAUACCAUCACUGGAUUCGAACAGAUUUUCAACAUGUUCAAGCCCAUGAUGUCCAAGAAGAUGCAGUCACGCCUCUUUGUGCAUGGCAACAAAAUGGAUCAGUUGACGGAGCAAAUCCCAUUAAAAUAUCUUCCGGUGGAAUACGGCGGGGAGAAUGGCACAGUGCCGGAAAUUUUGGCAGUUUGGGAGAAGAAGUUGGAUGAGUACAACGACUUCUUCAAGGAGAAUGCCAACUAUGGAACUGAUGAGAGCCUGCGUCCGGGAAAUCCCAUUGAUUUUGAAGGGCUCUUCGGAAUCGAAGGUUCCUUCAGGAAGCUCAACGUGGAUUAGUUUAAAAGUGGAAGUGAAUGAAUUUUUCCCAAUCUUUCAUAGAGUUAAAAGCUCUAUAUUUAGCUAUUUUUACAUAAAUGCAAUAAAUUGCCAUUGGAAAAGAAA